AUGAUUCAUCUCAUCUUUUUCUUACUCUCAACGUACAUCCUCUCCGUCACAUCCCUUCCAACUUCAUCAACGAAACACAAUCUACCAGGAAGAUUCGUCCCGUACUCUCAAUUAUCUACAUGUCCUUCUUUACCCCACAAAGAUCCACCAAAGAACGCUAAAGAUGUUCGACCAGAUGACUUUAAGGUUAUCAUGGCGAUGGGAGACUCGAUUACAGCAGGAUUACUAGCAAGAGGAUCAAGAAAUGAUCUCGUUUCUUCAAUCCAGAUUCAGGAAGCAGCGGCAACGGGAAUGGGAAUUGGAAUUGGAGUUGGAAUUGGGACUGAUAAACAAUAUCACUUCGAAAUUGAAGGAAAAGAGGAUUAUCUGAGAAAGAUCAUACCUGAAAUAGCAGAAUGGAGAGGAUUAUCUUAUUCGAUAGGAUCAGAUGAUGAUUCAAUAACGAUUCCAAAUAUCUUAAAACAUUAUAAUAGGAACGUUAGUGGAACUUCAACAGGACAUCAUUCACCUAUAAGUUGUUUGGGAACAGGAUGGGAUAUAGGUUGUUCCAAUCAUCCUAAAGAAGAUGGGUUGAAUGCUGCCAUUUCAGGUAGUUUAAGUGCAGGAUUAAUGAGUCAAGUCAAAGAUUACCUUAUACCUCAGAUCCUAGAAUUGCAACUUGAGGACAAAGAUUGGAAAUAUGUCAAUUUGGGAAUCGGGGCCAAUGAUGUCUGCGCCUUCUGCUUAACUCCAAACGCAACUGCUUUCCCAUUAUCUGGAACACCUAAACAAUUCGCUAGUAAUAUCAAAGACGCUAUCAAUGAAUUGAGGAAACAUGUCCCGAAUAUGAUCGUUAAUAUCAUCGGAUUAUUUAAGGUAUCAGACAUUUAUGAAUUGACAAUGAAAGAUCCUUACUGUCAACCGCCUUAUAUCCCAAUUCCAAAUUUAGCGUUAGAAUGUUCAUGUGCAUUAUUACCUGGACCCGCAGGCGAUUUUACUAGAUCGAAGAUGGAUGAAUUGGGGGAAAAUUACGAUUUGGCCGUAUUGGAAAUCAUCAAAGAAUGGGAAGAUGAGAAUGAUCCUUCGUUCGGUGCUGUCUGGCAACCUGGAACAGCUAUUGAUUUAAUCAAUUAUCCACCUGAAUCAUUAUCGAAAAUUGAUUGUUUUCAUCCUUCAGAACUAUCUCACCAGAGAGUAGCGACUGGGUUCUGGAAUCGGUUAACUUUAAAUAUGGAAGAAAAAUACACACCUAUACCAUGGGAAGAUGACCCUUCCGUUAGAUGUCUAAAGGCAGAUGAUCGGAUACAAGUUGGACAAGUAACGGAAUACCUGAAAAGGGGAAUCAAGUGA